AUGUCUGUCCUCAACCACCCAUCAUCCGUGGUGUACCACAAAGAAGCCGAGCACGCGGGCCAGCGCUACAUCUGCAGCAAGUGCGGCAAGCACUUCAAGCACAAGCAGCUGCUCGCGCGCCACCAGCUCGUGCACUCGCAGCACCGGCCCUUCACCUGCAAGGUCAGUGUGCCACAAGCGAGCGAGCACGCGGGCCACGCUACAUCUGCAGCAAGUGCGGCAAGCACUUCAAGCACAAGCAGCUGCUCGCGCGCCACCAGCUCGUGCACUCGCAGCACCGGCCCUUCACCUGCAAGGUCAGUGUGCCACAAGCGAGCGAGCACGCGGGCCACGCUACAUCUGCAGCAAGUGCGGCAAGCACUUCAAGCACAAGCAGCUGCUCGCGCGCCACCAGCUCGUGCACUCGCAGCACCGGCCCUUCACCUGCAAGGUCAGUGUGCCACAAGCGAGCGAGCACGCGGGCCACGCUACAUCUGCAGCAAGUGCGGCAAGCACUUCAAGCACAAGCAGCUGCUCGCGCGCCACCAGCUCGUGCACUCGCAGCACCGGCCCUUCACCUGCAAGGUCAGUGUGCCACAAGCGAGCGAGCACGCGGGCCACGCUACAUCUGCAGCAAGUGCGGCAAGCACUUCAAGCACAAGCAGCUGCUCGCGCGCCACCAGCUCGUGCACUCGCAGCACCGGCCCUUCACCUGCAAGGUCAGUGUGCCACAAGCGAGCGAGCACGCGGGCCACGCUACAUCUGCAGCAAGUGCGGCAAGCACUUCAAGCACAAGCAGCUGCUCGCGCGCCACCAGCUCGUGCACUCGCAGCACCGGCCCUUCACCUGCAAGGUCAGUGUGCCACAAGCGAGCGAGCACGCGGGCCACGCUACAUCUGCAGCAAGUGCGGCAAGCACUUCAAGCACAAGCAGCUGCUCGCGCGCCACCAGCUCGUGCACUCGCAGCACCGGCCCUUCACCUGCAAGGUCAGUGUGCCACAAGCGAGCGAGCACGCGGGCCACGCUACAUCUGCAGCAAGUGCGGCAAGCACUUCAAGCACAAGCAGCUGCUCGCGCGCCACCAGCUCGUGCACUCGCAGCACCGGCCCUUCACCUGCAAGGUCAGUGUGCCACAAGCGAGCGAGCACGCGGGCCACGCUACAUCUGCAGCAAGUGCGGCAAGCACUUCAAGCACAAGCAGCUGCUCGCGCGCCACCAGCUCGUGCACUCGCAGCACCGGCCCUUCACCUGCAAGGUCAGUGUGCCACAAGCGAGCGAGCACGCGGGCCACGCUACAUCUGCAGCAAGUGCGGCAAGCACUUCAAGCACAAGCAGCUGCUCGCGCGCCACCAGCUCGUGCACUCGCAGCACCGGCCCUUCACCUGCAAGACUUGCAACGCGUCGUUCAAGACGAAGGCGAACCUGCUGAACCACGCGCUCCUCCACUCUGGCGUAAAGCGCUUCUCAUGUGAGAUCUGCAAGCACAAGUUCGCGCACAAGACCAGCCUCACGCUGCACAUGAGAUGGCACACUGGUCAAAAACCGUACUCGUGCGGCUCCUGCGGCAAGUCGUUCAGCCAAAAGGGCAACUUGUCAGAGCACGAGCGCAUCCACACCGGCGAGAAGCCCUAUGGAUGUACGCUAUGCGGGCGCCGCUUCACCACCUCCUCACAGCACCGCCUGCACGCGCGCCGCCACGCCGCCGAGCGGCCCUUCGCCUGCAACCAGUGCGGCAAGCGCUCGCGAGAGACCGUUGUAGCUCCUAGUAGCUCGCGUGAGCCCGUCGUAGCUCCCAGUAGCUCGCGCGAUGGCGUCGUAGCUCCCAGUAGCUCGUGCGAGUAUGUCAUAGCUCCCAGUAGCUCGCGCGAGUACGUCGUAGCUCCCAGUAGCUCGCGUGAGUCUGUCAUAGCUCCCAGUAGCUCGCGCGAGUGCGUCGUAGCUCCCAGUAACUCGCGCGAGUACAUCGUACCUCCCAGUAGUUCGCAUGAAUAUGUCGUAGGACACAGUAGCUCGCGAGUGUUCCACAAGGGUAGAAGCCCUACGGAUGCACGCUGUGCGGGCGCCGCUUCACCACCUCCUCACAGCAUCGGCUACACGCGCGCCGCCACGCCGCCGAGCGGCCCUUCGCCUGCAACCAGUGCGGCAAGCGCUCACGAGCGCAUCCACACCGGCGAGAAGCCCUACGGCUGCACGCUGUGCGGGCGCCGCUUCACCACCUCCUCACAGCAUCGGCUGCACGCGCGCCGCCACGCUGCCGAGCGGCCCUUCGCCUGCAACCAGUGCGGCAAGCGCUCGCGCGAGUAUAUCGUGGCUCCCAGUAGUUCGCAUGAAUACGUCGUAGGUUCCAGUAGCUCACGCGAGUGCAUCGUAGCUCCCAGUAGCUCGCGUGAGCGCUUCGUAGCUCUCAGUAGCUCGCGUGAGACCGUCGUAGCUCCCAGUAGCUCUCGCGAGCGCCUCGUACCUCCCAGUAGCUCGCGAGAGCCGCUCCCAGUAGCUCACGAGCGCAUCUAUACCGGCGAGAAGCCCUACGGAUGCACGCUGUGCGGGCGCCGCUUCACCACCUCCUCACAGCAUCGGCUGCACGCGCGCCGCCACGCCGCCGAGCGGCCCUUCGCCUGCAACCAGUGCGGCAAGCGGUUCCUCUCCCGGGCCGCGUACGCAGCGCACGCGCGGCGUGAAGCGGGCGCACGGGCACACCGCUGCGGCUGGUGCGGGCGCGGCUUCGCGGAGCGCUGGGCGCUGCUCAAGCACGCGCGCCGCCACACGGGCGAGCGGCCCUUCCGCUGCCCGCACUGCCCGCGCACCUUCGCCGACUGCUCCAACAUGAACAAGCACCGCAAGGUAACUGCUCCAACAUGAACAAGCACCGCAAGGUAACUGCUGCUCAAG